AUGUCCACUACCAUUGUAUCGGGUGUCAGAAAUCGAAACCAUACAAACAAGUUACCACCACAGGUCACUGAAACUCAGACGAGUGAAAGUCUUUUGAUUGAAAAGCUAGAUGCUUUCCUUUCGAGUAUCGAACUGCGCUUAGAGCGUUUUGAGAGGUACUUCCAAGUAGUUGGUGCUGGAGCAUCUGAGACCUUGGUAGAAAGUGAAGGGAAUGGAAAAAACCCAACGCAAUCACAUAAUCGGCGGGGCAGCACUGCUUCGCUCUCUUCCUUGAAGACUUUAUCUGCAACCCACAUGAACCAGGUUUAUGAACAGUUACGGAGUGUUAAGGAUCAUGUACUUCAAACUUCAAUUACUAACUUGGAGUACUUAUACAAAACAUUGGAUGAAAAGUACAAUGAUUUAUUCAGUAACGAUGAAUCAUCGCUAAUCUUACCAGAGGAGGAUGUAACUAAUGAGGCACUUUCGACCAACAUCAUCAACACCAUCCAGUUCUUCGAACAAAAGUUGAGUCAUAUUGACCAAUUCAUUAAAAGUAGGACUCCAGCUGCAACAGAUAACUACGACCAUGAUUCCAAGUUUAAUCGGUUUCGCUUUUUCAACUUUAAUAAAGCACUUAAAGAAGCCGAAGAAAAGUACUUGCAUUACUACCAGCUUCCUUUGAGCUGGAGAGAAAACAGAUAUAUUAUUCACGGUUACAGGUUUUCCCUCCAACACAAGGAUAUACUCAAGUCCAUGUUUCACUUCAACCAUAAUGAGACAGGUAAUAUAUGGACUCACAUCAUAGGUACAGUGUUAAUGCUUUAUCUUGGGCUUGUUCAUUUCCCAAAGACUGACGUUUUUGCCGCAAAUACGUGGGUUGACAAUAUGGUGAUGUACGUCUUCUUGCUUGCCGCAAUCGAGUGUUUGGUUAGUUCUGUUCUCUGGCACACAUAUUCCUGUUUUGCACACCUUCAGAUUCGAAACCGCUUUGCCUGUGUUGAUUAUACUGGUAUCACCGUGUUGAUUACAUGUUCCGUCAUAUCAGCAGAGUAUUGUGCAUUGUACAAUAGUUCAAAAUUGUUGUACCUAUUCGUGGGUUUUUCGAUCAUUUCAGGCUUGAGUGGAUUGUUGUUUAAAUUGGUCGCCAUACUUUGA